GAAACGCCCCUCCACCUCGCCGCCGCGCGCCGCAACCCCUCACUCUGCGCGCUCGCCCUCUCGCUGCACAUACCCGUCGACGCGCGUACCAAAGCCGACAGCACCGCACUGCACUAUGCCGCGAUCUUCGAGAGCCAGUCGGUGAUAACGCAGCUGCUCAGCGCGGGGGCCGACGUCAACGCCGAAAACAAGAACAAGAGCACGCCGCUGCACUACGCUGCCGCCUCGGGGCGGGAGGAGAAUAUCCGCCUGCUCCUAGCGCACGGCGCGAACGUUGAUGCGGUGGCGGAUUACGAUCUCACCCCGCUGCACUGCGCAGCCGAGUAUGGGUAUACUGCGGCGGUGCGGGUGAUGCUCGAGAAGGGCGCGGGGUCGGAGGCGAGGAAUCAUGCGGGGUUGACGGCGCUGCAUGUUGCGGCGAAGGGUGGGCAUGCGAUGGUUAUUGAUGCGAUGCUGCGAUACGGGGUGAGUGCGCAGCAGCGGACGCUGGGCGAGGAGAUGACGGCGUUGCAUCUUGCCGCGGAGGCAGGGUACGAGCAUGUGUGCGCCAUGUUGCUCGCGGGUGGCGCGAAAGUU